GGCGCUGGGCGGGCGAAUCGAGCUCAGUCCUGGCCCAACAAGCAUCGUCGCCUUCCCCGCCCGGGGCCAGGCGGAGCCAACAGUAGGAGGAGGAGGAGGAGAGGGGGGGGGGUGAGAGGUCGGCCAGCUCCGGUCGCCCAUAGAGACAGAGGAGUCCCGAGUUGUGAGGGCGGCGGCGACCGAAGCAGGGACGAGAGAAACCAAGGAAGGAGUUCUCGGCGCCCGCCUGGCCACCGACGAUUUGCCAAAGGCCAAGUACAACAAUUGUAGCAGAACAAGAGUUGGAAGCCAGAUCACCUGAUUCCCAGUUGGUGGUGUAAUUGCAAGACUGUUCCUGUCCUUCAUACCAGAAGCACUUGAAAGAGCUAAUUGAAAAUGUCCAGCAAAACCUCCGGUACAACAAACAAUAUAGCUCAGGCCAGAAGAACUGUCCAGCAGUUGAGAAUAGAAGCAUCUAUAGAAAGAAUAAAGGUAUCCAAGGCAUCUGCAGAUCUAAUGUGCUAUUGCGAGGAGCAUGCUAGGAAGGAUCCUUUACUAAUGGGUAUACCUGCUUCGGAAAACCCCUUCAAGGAUAAAAAGACCUGUACAAUCCUAUAGGCAAAGUAGCAAGAUGCCUUGAAGACCCUCCCUGUGAAACCAACCAAGCAGUUUCUUAGAGAAGUAACCUGAAGAUCAUGUGGUACCAACUGCAUAAAACAGCAAUCCAUUUACAUUGUGUAUCAAUGAACUUUAAAGUUUUCUAAAAAGUUUCUUUUCUUUAUAGCGUUCAAUGUGGGGAUGCUAGGUUAGAGUUACUUCCUGUAAAAUGGAAUGGUUCUAAGAGAAUAAUUGACCAUUGGAUUUUGUUGGCUUUUAUGGAAAGAGAGAUUGAUGGGGUGGGUUUUACUUUAAAGUGCAAUGAGUGUUCACAGUUCAAGGUAUUAGGUUGAACAAUCAAGACCAAAGUUGCCUGAGCUUCAUUUACAGAAUAGUGAGGCGAAAGUAGAGUUGUAAUCAAGCUUACUUUACGUUUUGAUUUUAUACUGCUGUCUAUCCUUGUGUAUGUAAUUGGUGUCUAUAUCUAGAGCAUGUACGUAUAUUUGUUUGGGUAUAUAUACACAUUCCAAGUGCAUUCUUUAACAAAAUACACCCUUCAAAACUAAUUAUAACAUUUAUUGAUACACACUGUUCAUAUCUUUACCAUAAAGUAUGUCUUUAGUAUUUCACUGUCUGAAGAGCCUAUAGAAUUAUAGUUAGUGUAAAGUCUUGUUCCCAUAAUAGUUUGAAAGGUGUUCAUAACCUUUGAUUUUAUGUUUUUCAUAUUCUGCAAUUAGUAUUCCAGUUGCGCACAGAUUCUAAAAAUGAGGUCUAAAGGAAAGUCUUACAUGUUUCCGUUGCUUCAGAGGGACCCUCUACUACCUAUCUUCCCUUCACAUCUCCUGUUGUCUUGUCUGUAAGCAUCCAAGCAUUUCUUGCUUUGAUUGAUAAUUUCACAUUUAACAAAUGCCAAAUAAUAUCUUAAAGGAACUGGCAGGCACUGAGUGCAGUCAGUUCAUGGUGCUGUUGCUUCUACACAAGGCUGAGUGAUUUGUUUUUUAAAAAACGUGGGUUGUGCUGAAAAAAAUCUUGGGGAAUAGAAGAAGGGUCCAGCAUCAAAGGUAAGUGUAAGCUUUAUUAAUAGAUUUGUGCGCACUUCAUACAUUGAUGGAAUACAAGUGGAAAGAUAAAAUACUGAUUUUUUCAGACCAUCAGUAUGUAUUUGUAUUGCAUUUGUUGCCACUGCCAGCCCUUUAACAGCUUUUAAUUUUGUGACCUGCCUUAUCUGUGCAUUUAUAGAAUUUGUUAAGUACCUUGUGUCUGGCCUUGUAAUAAAUGUAUAGGGGUUUAUAAGAGGGUAAGGAGCCUGUCAGAUAUCUCUAGGUUCUUUUAGAAGAGCCCUGAGAUCAUAGAAUGCAAAGUCCACUAAUAAUAAUAAUAAUAAAACUAGAGGCAUUCUCUGUUAA